AUGAUGUUGAGUUGGAAAGCCGGUCUCUCCGAGGCAAUUCAGUUUAUUUUCAAUGUUGGCGCAGUGUUUUUCAACCUAAUCUUUAUUAACAUGCUGCGCAGAGAGUAUUUCCAUCUGAAUAUGAGGAUUAUUUUGGUAAGCGGAAUCUUUUGUUAUAGUAUUGAUGCUGAUUUUUUGGAGUUUUAUUUGAAUUCUGAGUUCCGUUUUUUGGAUGGAACCGCCGUUCUUCCGGUAAUGGAUAAUGUUUUUCACACGUUGGGGUUGAAUUAGGCCGUUUCCCGCGUCUCAUUGCGCUUGAAAUUGGAUACAUAUUUGUGUUUUUGUUCCUUUGCGUGGAAAAUUAAGGUGUUGGCUGCAGGGUCAUGGAGAGUUCAAGGGAGAAAAAUUUGGUCAAGAACUAUCAAAAGAAGUGGUUAAAGCGCAACACUCACAUUCUUAAGACACAUGCCUUGCAGGCGAACUACAGGGCAAGCCGAGGUUUUAAACGACCCUCGAACCAGACUCUUGCUAGGGCUCUAGUUUUUCUCUUGCAAAUUUGCCCUAGGUCUUAUAAAAAUCCAAACUCUGUACUAGCACCAUGGGCCGUACUUGCACUUCAACUCAAAAUAACCGAAAAACUUUAAUCUUUUUCAGGCACUAAACGCACUAUCUCUGAUCGUCGCCCAGCUAUCAGCACUCCUUAGCGACAACAUUAUUGACCAUUUACCUUAUGAUAUGGCCAAUGCAAAGUCUUUCAUCGAUGUAAUGCGGGAUACAGCGUUGAAUGUAAAUACUUUUAUGGUGGUCCCUUUGGUCGGGGAGCGAAUUGUUGCCAGCUUCAGUAGCCGACGCUAUGAAACGUUGGGACGGCCAUGGUAUAUGUUCUACGCACUGAGUUUUGUUUCCCUGUCGGUAAGAGAGAUUGAUUCUAAGAAAGUUUUACUACAUAUUAGGCGUGUAAUAAGCUGUCCUUUCAGUGGAUUCUCAACGCUCUUGCCGCAUUCUACACGGAAGAUAUCCUCAGGAACUUUGAUCUUACCGGGCACCUAGCCAAGUUACGGCCAGAAGCCGAGGGUAACAAAUACUGGUUAGUGUUGUACUACGGCGCCGGCGGAGCGGUCAACAUCAUUUCAGUAUUAGUAAGCGCAACCGGUUCAUUCGACAUUUGUGGUUUAGAUAUUUAUCGGGCUCUACAAAUACAACCAGUAUCGAUAUGAGCGCGGUAUGGAUUUGAACCAUCACUCCUUGUCGCUGAGGUAUCAAUUGGCGGAAAAUGUGAGAACUGGAAAGCAAUUGAUGCCUGUGGCAUUUCUAACUUCUGUUACGUAAGUUGUUUUCUUUUUUUGGCAGUUAAUUUCAAUUCUGCCUAAAAUUUGACCUCAUACGAUUAGCGUCGAAUGUGUCUAUUUUAAGGCAGACAUUUUACGGGUUCGUCCUCACCGGCGCUGUUUGGUCUGCAUUCACCAGCGAGUUUAUGGAAGCGAUGUUGCUCAUCAUCCCUCCAACCUGUGCGGUAACGGCAACGUUGACGCCGUUAGUUCACAUUUGGUUCCACGAUACAAUGAGAAGAUCGAUUCUGAGCUCGUUGCAAAUCGAGCAUUCGCACACAUCUCACUGUCAAGUGGAAGGGCUGGACGGAAAGAACUUAAUUGUGGAGAAAAACGACACACCGGCGGUUCAUUUCCAGAUGCUCACAAAGAGCUGGCUGUAA